GAUAGGUCAUCAAGAUUAACCGUGAAUGCAUGUGCAAGCCUGUGUUAAUCUUGAUGAUCUAUCAUCUAGGCUAGAGAGUACUAUGUGUAAAUAGUUCGGUAGCGUCUGUGUCUAAGAUACUACUUUCCCUCUAAACCUAAUGCCACAGAGCUUUAGUUUGAUUGUUUUCGAGUCGAGUCUAGUUCAUCAAGAGUCCAGUCUUGACAUUAAACUUACAUGUUCUUAACCAGUACCAGCGUGUCACAUGGGUACACCCUUUGCAUUACGUCACCAUCGGAUGAGGCUGUUAAAAUGACUUCUCGGCGUGCUCUCCACUUCGUCUUCAAAGUUGGCAACAGAACUAAAACGGCUCAAUUUUAUCAGAAAAUUCUUGGAAUGAAGUUUCUGAGGCAUGAAGAGUUUGAAGAAGGGUGUAAAGCAUCUUGUAAUGGACCAUAUGAUGGCAGGUGGAGCAAAUCGAUGGUUGGUUUUGGACCUGAAGAAAACCAUUUUGUGGUGGAGCUGACCUAUAACUAUGGAAUUGGUUCUUACAAACUGGGAAAUGAUUUCUUGGGUAUCACCAUUCUAGGUAAAGCAAUACUGGACCGAGCUAAAGCUCAGAAUUACCCAGUAACUGAAGAGAAUGGAAAGACCGUGCUGCAGUCACCAGAUGGCUACAAAUUCCACAUUGAGAAUAAAGAUCCAGACAAGGAUGCAGAUCCAGUUGUAAAAGUAGCAUUGGCAUCAUCAAAUCUGGAAAAGUCAAUUGAUUACUGGACUCGGUUAUUGGGGAUGAAGGUGUACUCGAAAACAGACAAAACUGCUUUGUUGGGAUAUGCCGAUGAUCAGUGCAAGUUAGAAUUGCAUGAUAUUGGAGGGCCUGUUGAUCAUGGAACUGCCUUUGGAAGAAUUGCCUUCUCGUGUCCACGCAGUCAGCUGGCUGGUAUAGAGGCCUCCGUGAAAGCAGAGAAGCAGAAAAUAAUAAUGCCUUUAGUCAGUCUAGACACUCCAGGCAAAGCGACCGUUGAAGUGGUCAUUCUUGCUGACCCCGAUGGUCAUGAAAUCUGUUUUGUUGGAGAUGAAGCAUUUCGUGAGUUGUCUAAAGUUGAUCCUAAAGCAGAACAGCUUCUCAGCGAGGCUGUUGACAAAGAUCAAAGUGAUGAAUGGUUUGCUAAGAAGGGACUACAGAAAGGAUCGGCCUGACCUGAGUUUGUCUAAUGGUGAAUGAGAACAUGGAUGUGCUUCAUCAGACCAAAUUGGAAUGGAGGAGACUCAAACCACUGAAUCGCUGAAUCACUGAAGAGACUGAAUCAUUGUGUAACCAAUACAUAGAUGGUCAUGGUGUGGUGCAUCUGUGAAUCAGAAUAUAUACAUGUAGUGUUAUUGGGUAUAUGGGUCAUCUGUAAACAAUAUGGUUUUGUACAAAAUAUUAGCUUUUUUUUCAAGUUUUUAAACAGUGAUACUCUGAAGAAUGGUUACAUUGGGAAAUAUAAUGAUGUAACCAGUAUUAUUACUUACAAUUUUAAACAUUUUUUUGUUUGUAUGGUGAUAAUGGGAAAUGUGGUUCAGUAAUUAAUUUUGUUACCAUUUAUUGUCCAUUUAUUUGGAAAAAAUGGCUAGCUUAAAUUUUAUCAUUAAUAAUGGAAUUGUUGAACUGUCUGGAGCAGUGCCAGUAGUAAGUCAGGACCAUCUGAUAAACCAUCUCUUCAGUCUUCCUGGUGGUCUAGAAAUAAAUUGGAUGAUGCCUUAACCUUCUGUCAAGUUUGAUUUCACCUGGCACACUGGGUUGAAGAGCUGACGCUUAUGACACUGACUGGGUGGAAAAGUCAGACACAGAUAGCCAAUUCGGUUACAGAUAAAACAAGAAGCAGAUUUCAUUUGGUUCAACAAAUGGAAACCUAGGUAUCAUGAUACCUGUGCAGAGGAAGUUAAAACAGCAGAUUAAAAAAUACAAUUGUAAUCAAAGCCGUUGUUGACAGAUUGACAAAGGCAAUACAUAUAUUUUUGUAAUAGGACAUAUUAGUAUGAAAGUGAAAACAUGGUGUAUAUUUUCAUUAAAAAACAAUCAAGAUUUUCAACACAAGUUUGUUGUGAUAAAAUAAUCUUUCAUAUGUAUUAUUGCGGGAUAGGGUUAUAAACAAGUUAUUACAAAUCUGCGAUUGUCGGGAGCAAUGCCAAGAUCCCAACAUCAAUUAUGUACCCUAGGGUAGAUAAGCCCUGUCCCACAUCAGUACAUAGAGAUUAUUAUAUGAGCUUGUUUGUCGUACUGAUUUUUACAAAACUAGUGUCAGGAUUUUUGUAUUGCCCGACCCAACUCAAAAUGUUUCAGCCACAACUAGGAGACGACGAAAUGACAUCAAAUUUCAAAUGCAGUCUGAGCUAGAACUGGAGAAGCAAACAUCAUAUUAUGACGUCACUUCUCAAAAUUAAGUCAUUACAAUUCUUAUUACACGUGUGCUUCGUAUGAUUAUUAUUAACUUGGUUAUCUUGAACCAUAUGGAUAAUAAAUAAUUAUAUGUACAUUCUGCUAUGUUAUCAAAAGUGAAAUUUGUUUUUAUCCAAAAUGCAAAAACAAAAGAAAGAAAAAAAAAGGUUUAUAUGUAUUUUUUUAAAUCAUAAAAUCUCUCUGAUUAAUUUACAUUGUUAUGAAUAUCUUUAGAUUCCAAAUUUUAACAUUACAACUCUGCUUUGUUGAACUCCAUCAUAUGUGGUCAUGUGAGAUAGAAAAAGUACACCCUCUGUGAUGAAAAUAUUGACCUGUUACCUGGCUUGCCAAGUCCUUAAAUUUUUUACAAAUGGUUGCAUAUGAUGGAAUCUUUUUCGCUCAUCCAUUGAUAAAUGAGCUACUAUAUUACAUAAAAGACAAAGAUGGCUAAAAAAAAUAUUUGUUUAUUUGACCAUGUCUUAAAUAAACUACACUAUCGUA